AUGAAGCACAAUAUUGAAGGGUUGGAAGCAGCACUACAGGACUAUGAGCUGCAGAUUGAGCAGCUCGAGGCAAGGGAAGAACAUUGGAAGGAAGAGCUUCACCAUUUUCAGGAUCAGGUUAGAGAUAGGGACUACCUCAUGGGAGAAGCUAUAGUACAGAUUCGAGAAGUUGCUGAUCACUUGCAGGACCUGGCGGCGCAAGCUAAUGAGGUGAAGGAUCAAAUGUUGGAGGCUCAAAGGAAUAUGAUGGCUGAGAUGGCUCAGUUGUUGAGGGGGACAACAGAUAAAGGAAAGGCCCCUAUGACUACCACUGAAGAGGAUAACGAGGGUCAUCCUCCUGGUUUUACUCCACCUCAUGUGCAGACUCAACCUAAGGCAUAUCCCCGCGGGUCGUCUGUCACAAUAAGGCCUCAACAAGGACAAGUCGAUGCUGGAAUACCAAUGAACUUUCAAACUGGUUCGGGAUUCAACCCUGGAGACAACCCUGCCAAUCCAGUUAUCCCUGAUCUAGAUAUAGCUGAGAGGGAAGAGAUAAGACUCGAAUCAUCAAGGCAAUUAGAAGAACGUUGUAGAUGGUUAGAGGAGAAAUUUAAGGCACUAGAAAAUGCUGAUAAUCGUCAGGGAAUUGAUGCUAAGGACUUGAGUUUGGUCCCAAAUUUGGUGCUUCCCCAUAAGUUCAAAAUACCAAAAUUCGAUAAGUACAAUGGGACUACUUGCUCGGAAGCCCAUAUCACCAUGUUCUGCAGACGGAUGACUAGUUAUGUAAACAAUGAUCAAUUAUUGAUCCAUUGUUUUCAGGAUAGUUUGGUUGGGGCAGCGGCUAGGUGGUAG